CCGCCAUACCGUACACACUAUCACAAACAAGUGCUCGACUACACGACCUAUCAGAUAGAAGCACACAGUGAAGAAUCGCGUUCGAAUUUAUUUUUCGAAAUUUGAAUUUUCGAUUCGCAUUUUUUGAAAAAUUUAUAACUGAAAUAUUUUAUACUUGUAUAGAAUAUCAUAGAUCGAUCAUAUUUCAUAGAUUUUUCGAAGGCCAGUGAGAGUGUGUGAAGGAAAGUGAGACCGCGGCAUGCGCCUGCGCCGCUGACAUUUUCACUUUCUACGUGACGGGACACAUUGAGCGAUGGCUCCCGUAGGCCAAAUACGGAUAUGUGCCAUACUGUGGCUGUUCUGCGCAAUCAGUGCAAGAGCAGAUCCCAAUGAAAACACCACAACCACCAAAACGAUCCGAACAACCAUCCUACCAUCUCGGACAACGCGGACCGAGUUGAAGGUUUCCAGAAGUCUGAACCCCCACGAAACUCAGACUCUCAAUGUGAGAACCAAAUCAGGUCAUUUAACACAAUUAAUAGUUAAGAAGAAAGAUGCAAAAUCAACUACUUAUGGCAGUAGUACGUCACCAGCACCAACUACGAUGUCUGUUAGAACAACCCUAACAACUGCUCGAGUUAAUAAUAAUAAUAAUACGGAGGACAAUAAAAAUAAAACUGAAUCGAGGGACCAAAGAAAACUUCAUUUCAAUUCGGUUAACAGCGAUCUAGCAGGCUUCGACUAUUAUUUAAACAGAAAUAAACAUGAUGACUUUGCUGAUGUAAAAGCAGAAUAUGGUAACUGGUCUCCCGUUUCUGUUUAUCCUGAGUCUCAUAUCCAAGAAGAUGGUAAAAAACCAGAGACAGAUCCUGAAACAUCAAAUUACUAUCCAACAUACGAUAACGACAAAAAGUCUGAAAACAAAAGAGUUUAUAUAACCUCAGCUAGUUUUAUGGAUUACAACAACCCUAUCAAAAGCUACAGAUUCGACCCCCACAACCCUGUUAUAAAGAAUGAUAGAAACCCAGUGUACAUAGAAGUAGUAAGUACAAAAGUUUCUGAUGAUAACGAAAAAUCUUUAAAAGUACCUGAUCCAGUUAUGGUGAGUUCUGAGUCUAUGUAUAUAAAGAAAGCUCUAGAAAAAUAUAACAACAAACGUGGCAGAUCUAUACUUACUCUUGGUGAAGAUGGCAUACCAGAAAUACAAGGCAUUAGAAUGCCCGACGACGAGUCUGAUAAGAAAACUUGGAGAAAUGCUAGAGUUGUUAAUGGAGAAUUAGUGCCCUAUCCUGAAGGCUACACUCCUCCAAGAGCUAUACCUGAAGCAGACGUGUACCCAGACAUAGCAGCCAUAGAACCAUCGCAAAGUUUAGGUCCUUUUACCAAAGAUGAUAAUUUUGAACAAAAGGACGGACCCUUCACAAAGUUCGAUAAUAUAAAAUUCGAAAAUGACGACUUCAUUCCGUCAACAUACACAUACAAACCUAAGAAAGAAAAUCACUACUAUAAAAAUGGAUAUGGACCGUUUACUAAAGCUGAUAACUCUAAAGUAGCAAAUUCAAAGCUCAUUGAAUAUAUUAAACAGAUCAAUGAACAAGAAUUGAAAAGGGAUUACUUUAGUGGACGCAGCUCUCGAGCCCAUGCCGGUGACUUAGAAUACGCUGAAAGUCACAUUCAAAGACGUAUGCUACAGCAUCCAGGUGAAGUAAACUUUCCUAAUUCUAUUAUGUAUACACCGAAAAAUGCCAAACCCGGGUUCGAUGAAAGUGUAAGAAACCCUGUUCUCCAGUACGCUCAUCCGGACCUUGGAAUUCAACCUGCAAAAGCUACACGAGAUAACAUUGAAAGCUACGAUAACAAGGAACGUAAAGUAAAAUAUUACUCGAGCGUACCUAAAAGCGCUCACCCCUACCCUAUGGAGCCAAUAAAUGGUUACAAUCAACAACGCAGUCAAAACAAUGGGCCGAAUGCAAACAGAUACUAUGAAGACGAAUAUAAUAAAUUUUCAUACUAUGACAAUUCUCAUAAUAGAUAUCCUUACGGCUACGGGUACGUAAAACGCGUUCCCGAACCAUCUUUAUGGCAAAGAUUUACAGAUUCAAUGAAAGACACGAUUAACACUGCAAGUGAAACAGUUCAUCAAUUCACCAGGCCUCUCAUAGAGCCUAUCGCUAAAGUCACGCAGCCCGUACUUGACCCUCUUGUCGAAGCCACUCAUAAAAUAUCACACAAUUUGGGUCUCUACCCGUCUAAUUCCUUACAAAGUCAGAGAUACGCUCAAGAUAAAAUCGGUGUAGCUGCUGCUGCAUCGGGAGCUCCAGCAAUGUUACCAGCGCUAGGCUUAAUGGCUGGAGGCGCUGCUCUGGGAUUAGGAGCAGUAGCUGUUGGAAGACUACUAGAUGUCAAUAUCAUGCGUAAUGCUAAUGAUGAAGAUACUUUAGAUGAACUCGAAAAAGAACACAAAAGAGCCUUCGCUAACGCCCCAUACGAUAUCGAUAGGAAAAUACUAAGCAGACAGCAGUACUAUGACGAUAAUUACAAAAUGCCAAGUGAAAAUGUCUACGUUGUCAUGUCACCGGACAAUGUAGAAGGCAGCCGUGCGAAGAGAGACGCAGUUAACAUCUAUAAGCCUUAUAAGAAUAUUUUUGUGAGACAGAGGCGUAGUGUUAAAAGGGCAUUAGAAGGUGAAAUGCCAGACGACUUGCAAAACUUGGAGGGUAGCCCAAGCAUUUCAAGCCUUACUUCGGCAGCUAUGGACCUCGUGAAACAGACGGAUUGGAGGGACUCUCAAUGCGCCAAGUUUACCUUUUGUAAAGUCUUAACCUCCCAGUCUACGGAUUCUCUAUUCGCAAUGGAGAAGAAAAUGGAAUCUCUUAUAAAAAUGAUAUCUCGCGGCAGCAGCGCCAACGCGGCGGCCGUGGCGACGCACCUCGGCGACGUCAUGUCCGCCAGCCGCGACCACGCCUGCAGCCGGUUCCACUGCAACACGCAGCGGUAGCCGCCGAGACGAACACCGCACGACGAACUCUUCAGUUAUGUCAAUUGUUUUGUAUAAAGAACAUUUUGAACUGUUGAGCUGUAGGUUGACAAAACUAUUAAGUAUUUAUAGAUUAUUCAAUCUUAUAGCCUAUUUGGUAUUCCAAUAGCAGGAGUACAGAUGAAAAAAACAACUUUUACUAUAAAAUUACAUGACAUCACUUGGUCGUUAUCUUUCACAAUCUGUGGUAUUCAGUAUGGAUUCGUGUAGAAAUGGCGCUUUAAAUUUCGUCGAAGUUGUUUUUGAACUUUUGGACGUAACAUAAAAAUGCUUAAUUAGUUAAAUUAAAUAUAUUAAUAAUAACUGUUUGUAGUGCAUAAUAUAGCAAAGCUAGCUAGAAUAUGUAAAUUUAAUAUUUGUUUAUCUGUACUUCUUCUGCUAUUGAUAUAUAGUAUAGAAUUGACAAUUCAUUUCAAUAGAUAUGAAAACCAAACUAAAGUCAUAAAUUUAGCCGAACGUUCUUGAAAAAUAUAGAAUAAUUUAUAAAAAUAAAAAUGUAAUUAACUUUUUACGUCUAUUGAAAUGAGUUCCAAUAUGUAUUUUAUAGAUACUAAUAUUUGUGAUUGAUGAAAGAUUGUAAGAGAGAAUAAUGUGUAAUACAGCAGAGUUCUGGUGAGAAAUAAUGAUAUAUCGAUAUUGUAAAAGAAUUAGUCGAUAAGUUACAAGAAAAAAAUCGUAAUAUUACAAAAAUAUGUCAGCCAUAUUGAACGUCGUUCCUAGAAUUUAAAAAUAUAACCGCCGUUUUGUUACCAUUUGUAAAACUCCUUACAUUCUGUGCAAGAGCUGUCAUUCAGAAAUUAAUUUAAGAAACAUAGUUUUGUAAUUACUUAUAUUAUCCAAAGUUUGCGUUUCAUAUUUAAUUCAAUCUAUUCAUAAUAAUUUAUAAAUAAUUAUUUUUAUGCUUAACUAUUUAAAUAGCUGUAAGUCGUUCUUAAUAUAUUUAUUUAAAUUAUUUUAGUCCGCUUCCGUAAGAUGUAAAUACGCUUUC